GUGAAGCAUCUCCAUCGGAUCGAGCGACUGCUCACUGUGGACCAGCAGGGCGGCAGGGCGGAUGGGUGGUUUAAGCUCCACACGCAACUGGGCCCAUGUGGGAAGUGCUUGGCCCUGAGCCCUGCUGGGACGGGCCCUGAAAAGACACGGCCUCGUCCAAUCAGCGCCCACGACCCUGUCAGGUCUUCGCUGACGAGGCUUGCAGAUCGUCCACCCUGGACUCUCGCACUCAAUUCUUUGGGGGCCAAGCAGCUUCAGAGGUGAGACUGAAGAAACUCUUCGACACUGUCGAAUCGGACGAGGGCGCGCCAGAUUUUGGAAUCCUCUCCUCUCCCUCUUCCUCUUCUUUUAUAUUGGACCCUCCCAGCCAUUGAAUUUUGCGGGGCGAUUCCUCCACCCCCCAAAAAUGCUCAGUGCCAGAUGACUCUCUUCACCAGGAAGCAGAGGCUCUUCCUCAUCGCGUUCGCCUUCUUUUACAUCUUUCUGCUCUUCGUCUCUCGUUUCCGGUCUGCUCGAGACCCCGGCUCGUUUUUCUUUCAGCCAGAUGAAGGAUACCGUCCCGGAUACAGCGUGCAAAGAAUCGAUGAAUCGUUGGAUUACCUCCACGCGUACAAUCAAUCCUUCAAUGAUCCCGCGCAUCCCUCGCGAAAUUUCACCACGCCCUCUGACGAUGCUUCACUUUGUGUCGGAGUCGUCACGGUAAGGCGCCCGCUCGAGCAGAAAAUCGAUGUCACUGUCGCUUCGAUCCUCGACAAUUUGACCGAAGAACAACGCGCAAGCAUCACCGUCCAUGUUCUGUUUGCCUUGACCUCCCCCACCGACCACCCAGACUACAACCUACCCUGGCUUCCCAAAGUUGUCGAUCGCAUCCUCACCUACGAUAGCUUCGAUGCUCCAUUAUGGAAAAUCAGUCGCAUGGAGCAAAGGAAGGACAUAAAGCGCAAGUCGAUAAUUGAUUAUAGUCUGUCGCUCAAGUCAUGCUACGAAGAUACCCAAGCGCCAUGGAUAUUGAUGAUGGAGGACGACGUGGUCGCACAGCGUGAGUGGUAUAACCACACCAUGCAGAGCGUCAAAACGAUCCAGUCAUGGCGCAGCAACGGCUCCAUCAAGGACUGGCUGUACGUCCGGCUCUUCUAUACUGAAAAAUUUCUCGGGUGGAACUCGCAAAACUGGUACAUUUACUUGUCAUGGAGUAUUGGGCUUGUCGCAGCGGUCGCCUUUAUAGGCGUCCAGAGCCGUCGGUCGAUCCGACCGGCACAGGGCAUUCUAAACAACACAUUCAUUGGUGUCCUAUGUUUCGUGUGCGUACCUCUGCUCAUCAUCCUAUACUUCCUCGCCGGUAGAGUCACGGUGCUACCCAUGAGGCCCGGUAUCCACCUGAUGAACAGCCACGGGUGCUGUUCCCAAGCGCUUCUAUUUCCCCGCGAGAAUGUCCCCAAGCUUAUCGAUUACAUGGAAAACUUGCCGAGCUCGCGACCAUAUGCGGUGGACACUGUGAUUGAGCGGAUGGCGAAUGCCAAUGAACUGGACCGGCUGGUGAUAGUGCCUUCCCAGAUGCAGCAUGUAGGUGCUGCUUCGUUCAAGGAGAAGAGGAAGCACUUUCGCAAGGGACCACAUCCAGUACAAGGAGCACAUGGGGUAUGGAGUAUGGGAUUUGAAAAAGCCUACGAAGAAUGAUACUCUACCGCCUAUUCUAUUGUACCUAUAUAACUGAUCUAUAGAUAAUCUAACGAAGUACAUAUUACGAAUGUCAAUUUGACCAACGAAUU